AUGGAUUACCAUAUUGUAUCAUUACUCUAUCUAUCUAUCUAUCUAUCUAUCUAUCUAUCUAUCUAUCUAUGUGUCUGUAGAUGUAACGGAAAUAACCAACACUUAUUUCUUUCAAUUCGUCAUUCAUUAUCUAUCUAUCUAUCUAUCUAUCUAUCUAUCUAUCUAUCUAUCUAUCUAUCUCAUCUUCUUCAUUAUCCUUGCCAUCCCAUUCUGCAUUUCUUUGUAUUUCAUUCUCUUACGUAUGGAUCAGCUGAUUUAGUUGUGGUGAUUUUGCCUUUCGAAAGGACAAACGAUGUUGGAAUUCUUCAACGAAUUAUUCUUUUUCUUGAUUUUGUUUUUCUCGCCAUUAUUUCUUUUUUCUCUUUCCUGUUUCUCUCGUUUUUUUUUCUUGUUUCAUUUGUUUCUUUUUCUCUUUCUUGGCAUCUUUUAAUAUUCAUCCUCACUUUCCUUCACUUUUUAGUUUUUAAAUUUUUGUUUCCGUUUUUUUAUUCAACUCCUUUUCUGUUUUUUUUCUUCUUUGUGUGUUUUCCCUUCUCCUCUCUUUUAUUCUUCUAUCUAUUUACUUUCCUGUUACCCUCUUUAUACUACUUUUCUGUUUUCUUUCUUCUUUCAUUUACUUCUCACUCUUUACUCUCUUCUUCUUUGCUAAUUUCUAUUUCUCUUUUUUCCAUAUUUCUCUUUUUAUGUUCACUACUUUUAAUUUUAUUUUACUUUUAA